GGAGACUUAAAAUUCUUAGCAGAAUCCUCCAAUUUAUCUCAAAUUAUGGUGAGAGGAGAUUUACACGAAUUUAUUCAUUUAAUCUAAUAAUCCAGUAUCAACAAAUUAACUUUUUUCAUCAAAAGAUCUGUCAUAUUCUACUUUACAAGAAUGAUCCAAAAUAUAAUAAAUUAUUCACUCUUAAUUCCAUGCUCAAAGAGUUAACAAUGAAUUUAUUCGACAUGAGUACAGAAAUCAGGCAUGCAUUAUUAUUUAGCUUAUUCAUUUGAUCCUUAGUCUAUCAAUCACAUACAGCGACACAAAGAUAUUCUACACACUCAAAUUUGUUAAAAAUUAAUAAUCUAAAUUCAUUAUCUCAGGCUUUUCAAGAUUUCAAAAAUCAUAACGGAAUCGUACCUUUACCUUCUGUGAAGAAAAGAAAAUGGGUGGAUUUAAAACACUGACCGGAACACUUUGUGCAGCAGUUAUGGGAGCAUCGAAGUAAAUGUUUUCCAUAAGAAAAGAGUAUGAAAAUAUCCUUAAGAUUAUUGGAAAUCCUACGGAAAAUACUUGAUCACGAACCUUGUCGGAAAAUACUUGAUCACGAACCUUGCAGGAAAUUCUUGAAAGCUUGAGGCAUGUCAAUUAAGACACUGUCCUUAAGGAUAUUUCACCCGGUAUGGGUGUAUCCCCCAGGAUUCAACAAGCUCUUCUAGUACAAAACUAGAAGCCAGAAUCUAAUAAAGAUUUAUCUUAGUAUAAAACCCAACACAAUAGUAUAGAAGAAAGAAUUUGUAUUAAUUUCUUUCUUCAAAUGAGAGGACCAAAGGCUAUAUAAAUAAGAGAUUCACAAUAUAAGAAGGGUUCCGGGUCUCUCAAUGCUAUUCAAGUCACAUAAUCAAAAGUUGGAGUAGUUAAUGACAUGCUAGAAAUGCCACUCAAUAUGAUAACCAUAGAAUUAGUUUACCAAUAAUUCUUUUUGAGAUAUUAAUAGAUUAAUUUUAUAACACGCUAUAUAAUAAAUAAAAGAGGUUUUGAGAUAUUCUCUAUAGUAUAGUGCGGGUUUUAAAUGGUUAAUUAAUUAAACUCAUUUAAGGAAAACAGGGGAGCAUGUACCCUAGAGCUCAUCUGUUACAAAAUCAUGGGAUGUUCGCCAUGAGCAGGCAGUACUGAUAAUGUUAAGAGUGCAAGCAAAGCGAAAUACAGAAGCAAGUCGUACAAUUUAAAAUUUACAACAAGAAUUCUCGUGGUUUAAAGUAGAAAAUUCUGCAAACAUUCAACAAAUAAUAGACUUAUCACGUCUAUAAAGAAAAAACAUUAUUUUUUUUAAAAAAAAGAGAGAGAGAAGGGAUUGGCUAAGGAUAUAUAUAGAGCUAAAAAUUCUAAAUGAGAAAUCGUUCAACCAUCUGCAGAGUUGAUCUCUCCCCUUUUUCUACAAACGGAAAUUCAGCUGAGAAGCACUUCUUGAUUCUUCCUCCUUCCUGUAGCGUCAAUGUUUACCUCAAUAAUCCACCUCAAUUCAUCAGAGGAAAAUGAAGAAGGCAAAAAGAAGGCUACGGAGCAAAUAGGAGAAGCCUGUGUUAACUAUGGCUUCUUCCAAAUUGCGAAUCAUGGAAUUCCUUUGGACGUGUUGAGCAGAACCAUGAAUAUGUUCAAGACCUUCUUUGCUUGUUCAGAUGAAGAUAAACUCUUUGCGCCUGCUGCUUACUUAAGAAGUACACAGCAUUCAGCUGGGAUUUAUGAGCACUUCGUGUUUGAUAUUGCAUGCUCUAGCUUCCAUGUCUGCCCCAAAAAUCCACCUCAUUUCAAACAAGUUUUGGAGGAGAUGUUUUCCCACUUCACCAAAUUAGGAGGUGUGUUGGAGGGCAUCAUAAGGGAGUGUUUGGGUCUCCCUCAUAAAUUCCUUCCAAACUACAACAAUGAUCGAUCUCGGGAUUCCCUGAUGGGCCUCCACUACUUUCCAGCAACAAAAGCUGAGAACUUAGGAAAACCUGCACACCAAGAUCCUGGCUGCUUCACCAUUGUCUACCAGGAUGAAGUUGGAGGCCUUCAAGUGCAGAAAGAUGGCCAGUGGAUCCGUAUAGCGCCUUCCAAAGACAAACUAGUUGUUAACAUUGGCGAUGUUAUUCAGGUGCUAAGCAACAAUAAAUUCAAGAGUGCAACUCACAGGGUGGUGAGACCAAGAGAAAUAAACCGUUACUCGUACGCAUACUUCUAUAACGUGCAAGGGGACAAGUGGGUUGAGCCAUUGCCGCAGUUCACAAAGGAAAUUGGAGAGUCGGCCAAGUACGAGAGGAUUUGUCUUCGAAGAAUAUGCACGGUUGAGACACGUUAA